GCUAUUUGCUUAACCUUGAGCUGGAAUUAUAAAUUUGGCCUGUGGCUCCAGGGCCAGCGUCGUUCCAGCAGUGGGAUAGGGACAGUAGUGGUCAUAGGGACAUUAUGCUGGCUAGAGGACUCCCCCCACGCUCAGUCCGGCUCAGAGGCUUCCGGUCCCUCCUGAGUGCCCUGUGGGAGGGCCCGGGGCAUCCCAGGGUGCCGACUGGAGAAGGAGCCAAUAGCAUCUGCACACAAAGCCCUCGCCCCUACAGUGAAGUCCCUUCCCCUGGUGACAAUGGCUGGCUGAACCUGUACCACUUCUGGAGGGAGAAGGGUUUGCACCAACUCCACUACCGCCAGGUCCAGAAUUUCCAGAAGUUUGGCCCCAUUUACAGGGAGAAGCUAGGCACCAUGGACUCGGUUUUUAUUGUCAGCCCUGAAGAUGCGGCCAUUCUCUAUAAGUCUGAGGGCCCCCUCCCAGAACGCUACCACGUCCCACCCUGGACUGCUUAUCACCAGCAUUACAAGAAACCCAUCGGGGUCCUGUUCAAGAAGUCAGAAGACUGGAAGAAAGACCGGUUAGCCCUGAACCAGGAGCUGAUGGCUCUGGAGAGCAUAAAAAACUUCGUGCCCCUGCUGGACCCAGUGUCUCAGGACUUCGUCAGCCUCUUGCACAGGCGCAUCAAUCAGCAAGGCUUUGGGAAGUACUCAGGGGACAUCAGUGAUGACCUGUUCCGCUUUGCCUUUGAGUCUGUCACCAACGUUGUAUUUGGGGAGCGGCUGGGGAUACUGCAGGAGACGGUGGAUCCUGAGGCCCAGCAGUUCAUUGAUGCGGUAUACCAGAUGUUCCACACUAGCGUCCCCAUGCUCAGCAUCCCCCCAGAUCUGUUCCGCCUGCUCAGGACCAAGACCUGGAGGGACCACGUGGCUGCAUGGGAGGUGAUUUUCAGUAAAGCUGAACAAUAUACCCAGAGGUUCUAUGGGGACCUGAGACAAAAAAAAGUUUUUGACAAUUACCCUGGCAUCCUCUACCGCCUCCUGGACAGUAGCAAGCUGCCCUUUGACAACAUCAAGGCCAAUGCUAUUGAACUGCUGGCUGGCGGCGUGGACACGACAUCCAUGACACUGCAGUGGAACAUGUAUGAGAUGGCCCGCAGCCUGAGGGUACAGGAGGUGCUGAGGGCAGAGGUCCUGGCUGCCCGGCGCCAGGCCAAGGGAGACAUGAACAUGAUGCUCAAGUUGGUUCCGCUCCUCAAAGCCAGCAUCAAAGAGACGCUGAGACUCCACCCCAUCUCCGUGACAGUUCAGAGAUAUCUUCCAAAUGAUGUGGUUAUUCGUAAUUACAAGAUUCCUGCCAAGACAUUGGUACAGGUGGCCGUCUUCGCCAUGGGUCGGGAUCCCGCCUUCUUCUCCAACCCAGAGUGUUUUGACCCAGCCCGAUGGCUAAACAAAGACAAGGACAUCACCUACUUCCGGAACCUGGGCUUUGGCUGGGGUAGCCGGCAGUGUGUGGGGCGGCGCAUCGCCGAGGUUGAGAUGACGAUCUUCCUUAUCCAUAUUCUGGAAAACUUCAAAAUUGAGAUCCAAAAUCUCAGUGAUGUGAAUACCAAGUUCAAUCUCAUCCUGAUGCCUGACAAGCCCAUCUUCUUAACCUUCCGGCCCCUCAACAAGGACCUGCUCCACAUGUGAUGGAAGGUGGGCCCUGCCCGUCCUGCCAUGAGGCCUGCCGUGGUUUGAGAGGGAGGCCUGGGGAUGGGGUAGGGCCUGUACGGCCUCUGCAUCUUCAAUUUUCUGUCCCCCACCCCCACUUCUUCCCGCCCCCACUCUGACCAGGAGGCAGCCACUGGGUGGAUGGGUUUGGGUCUCAGUGGUCAACCUUCUGAGCUCAACUGGUAGUUCCUCUCUCCC